GUUCAAACUGGGAAAAUGGCGGCAGCUCCGGAGUUAGUGGCCCUUUCCCCGCCGCGGGCCGUGGGAAGAGUAGCCGCGACAGACGUCCGGGCCUCGUUCUCCGACCCCCGAGAGGCCGUCCGGGAGCGCUGCACCUCGAAGCGGGCCGUGACGGACAUGCUGGAGCUGUGCGGCGGCUUCGUGCAAAAUCUCGGGGACGCGCUGCCAGAGGAGAUUCGGGAGCUCGCGCUGCGAGGUUCGCAUGGAUACGGGCCCAGUCGUCGUCUCUUCUCGCCCGCUUACCGCACACCCAGCCUCUUGUAUGGAAAAUGCAGAGGAGAAACAAUAGCUGAGGAGAUCAGUGAAGCCAUGAAGUCCUUGCCUGCACUAAUUGAACAAGGAAAUGGAUUUUCCAAAGUUUUAAAGAUGCACCUUAUUAUCCAGCUCCAGCAAGUCCACCAAGAAGUCUUUUCUGGUUGUUAUGGGAAACCAGAUGUCAAACCAGAGAGCUUUGUAACACAAAUAGAAACUACACCCACAGAGACUUCCACCAGGAACACUGCUGACCUGGUAGUGAAAAGAAAGAAAGCUAAAGUCUGUCCCCAGAGAAAAUGGUAUCCAUUGCGGCCAAAGAGAAUUAAUCUUGAUACAUAAGCUUUUUUGUUCUUUGGGAGUUGAAAUUAGGCACUAUCAACAUUUAGAUUACACCUCAGUGCCUAGGCAGGACCUGAUUUAAAACAAUAAAUAACUCUUUAGUGAUUCCUUUAUACAAAUGUAGUAGCUCUAUGCUGGCAUAUGAUGUAAUAUUACUGUAUUUCUUUCAUGUAUAGUUGAUGAAAAUCAUAUUUUAAAACCAUUGGCACAAAGCCCAUCAAUGCACAUUAAGACUGCAGAUUUUAACUGUCCUUAAAUGCCAUCACCUCUUGCCUGCCUUCUAGCUUUUAUGGAAUUUCACGAAUCACAUAUUCUGUUGGGUUUUUGGGAUAUAUGUCUU